AGUUUGCAGAAGAGACAGAGCAGGUCGGACCAGACGCACGCAGAUAAAUUGCUUUCAAGUUCUGUGUUGGUGAUUUCAUGCGUCAUGUGUGUCCGCUUGCUCGUCUUGUUGCUGUUGGCCUGCAGCUGUCAGGCAUCCAACUUCUUGGGCACAGUGAUGACCUUCUACCCCUGGGAUAACGCGGUUGUGCUUCGCUACAAGCUGGGCUACGAAACGUGCCAAACUGACAGCAGGUGGACGUGUCACUCUGGUGACUGCAUUGAGGGAGGUGCGACUACGACGGUGGUGGACAAGGAGAGUAGUGGAGAGUGGUGUCAAACUGAGGUGGUCUCCACUCUUCGCAACUCAACUCAACAUUUUGAGCUACGGCUGAUCAACAUCACCAACAACGUCACAGUGGUGCAGGCAGUGACUCGCAUUGACCUGAGGAACAGGUCGGACAUCGGCCAGGCCAACACUUCCCCCGUAACCACCAUGCUGCCCGUUCUCAGAUUACCCUCCAACUGCCCAAGGAACCUGACGAUGUUGACUUUUGACCCUGACGGAGACAUGGUGAGGUGCAGAUAUGAAAACACCACGUCUGUUCUCGACCUCUCGUCAUCUUGUCUCAUGACCUUCAGUCCCAGGACAAACAGCAGCAAAGUGGAGGGCGUCUAUGCCGUCCAGCUGCUGAUGGAGGACUUUCCUCCCCAAAACAUCAAUGUAACUGACGGCGAGGAUUAUGAAAUUCUCACGAACAAGGACGCCAUCAGUCAAGUUCCCAUCCAGUUUGUCCUGAGGGUGGAUCCUCCAGUGCCGUCUUGCGAUGAGGGAGUGUUUCUGCCCACCUUCCUGUCACCUACAGUAGCCAACGGAAAAUAUUUCUACGUUACAGUCAACACAACACUGGCUAUUCCGAUCUAUGCACAGUCGUCAAUGUCCAAUUUUUCUGAGCUUCUGUUCAGCGGGCCAUCCAGCAUGACGAAGGAGACAAUAGGCAAUGGAAGCUUUCUGCUGUUCUGGACGCCAUCUGACAGUGACGUGGGACAAAGUCAUCCAGUCUGUUUUGUUGUUCAAGCCAUUUUCUUCCUCAGUAAACACCAUUCAGAACUGCGUUGUGUAGUUGUGGUGGUUGAACACAGUCCUCACACGCCAGCAAACAACAACAUUGUGGUUGCCUUGAGAGCCAAGAUCUCCUCCUUGGUCCCGCUGUCCGAGGACGACAUUCAAAAAGUCGGCUUACCUCAGCUGAAGAUAGGGCUGUUGGAGCUAGGGCUGCCUGCUGACAUCACACUGAGAAUGGUCAACUUCAGCCGGGAGACCACCGCGACACCUAAUGAAAAGUAGUCCCCCCUUCACUCUUUUGUGUCUCACGCUGUUUUUAUUGUGUCUUUUUCUGGAAAUGACUUUCUUCAGGCUUCUGAUUGGCUAGAAGAUCUCUAUGGUUCAUGUGUAAAGUGCCCUGAGGUAACUGCUGUUGUGAUUUGGUACUAUAUGAAUAAACUGAAUUGAAUUUAAUUAUGGUUACUAGUUGUAGCGCCAUCUGUUGCUUUGUCUUGUAUUGAGAAUAAGUUUUCAUGUGUAAAAACAUUGACCAUCACCAUUUAGUAAAAAUACAUUUUGUCUAAUAUUGUCAAAUGAGGAAUCAACUGACAAAAGAUCCAAAAGAUUAGGGUUUUUUUUGUAAUGUGACUGAUUCAUAUUCUUGUUGGCUGAAACUGAUUUUUUUACUCACAUUAUUGAUGAUUGUAUGUCCCCACUUCUCUUUGUACAUGUGAUGAUACAUGUUAUGGCACUAGGAAAAGGAAAAUAAACAAUUAUCUAUGUUGUUCCAUCAA